AGAAGGACGGGGAAGAGGAGCCUGGCACCAGGCACCAGAUCCUGCACUGGGAAGACCGCCCAGCCCCUCGAGCCGGCGAGGAUGAGAGCCCCUUUCCUCUGAGACGUCUGCGCCCGGUCAGGACGGAGCCAUGGACGGGGAGCCGGACCUGCCCAACAUCACCCAGUUCUGGUACUCCUCGGCCUCGCCCUUCCACAACCUCUCCACCGAGACACCUGCCAACGCCUCCCAGAACGUCACCCACAACCACUUCGACCUGACCAGCAACGCCGUCCUCACCCUCAUCUACUUCGUGGUGUGCAUCAUCGGGCUCUGCGGCAACACCCUGGUGAUCUAUGUCAUCCUCCGCUACGCCAAGAUGAAGACCAUCACCAAUAUCUACAUCCUCAACCUGGCCAUCGCCGACGAGCUCUUCAUGCUGGGGCUGCCGUUCUUGGCCAUGCAAGUGGCGCUGGUCCACUGGCCCUUUGGCAAAGCCAUCUGCCGGGUCGUCAUGACGGUGGACGGGAUCAACCAGUUCACCAGCAUCUUCUGCCUCACCGUCAUGAGCAUCGACCGGUACCUGGCCGUGGUCCAUCCCAUCAAGUCUGCCAAGUGGAGGCGGCCUAGGACGGCCAAAAUGAUCAACGUGGCCGUGUGGGGGCUCUCUCUGUUGGUCAUCAUGCCCAUCAUGAUCUACGCCGGGGUGCAGAGCAAUCACGGGCGCAGCAGCUGCACCAUCAUCUGGCCGGACGAGUCCGGCGCAUGGUACACGGGCUUCAUCAUCUACGCCUUCAUCCUGGGCUUCCUAGUGCCCCUCACCAUCAUUUGCCUUUGCUACUUAUUCAUCAUCAUCAAGGUCAAGUCCUCCGGCAUCCGAGUGGGCUCCUCCAAAAGGAAAAAGUCGGAGAAGAAAGUUACCCGGAUGGUCUCCAUUGUGGUCGCCGUCUUCAUCUUCUGCUGGCUCCCCUUCUACAUCUUCAACGUCUCCUCCGUCUCCGUCCUGAUCGUGCCCACGCCCGCCCUCAAGGGCAUGUUCGACUUUGUCGUGGUCCUCAGCUACGCCAACAGCUGUGCCAACCCCAUCCUCUACGCCUUCCUGUCCGACAACUUCAAGAAGAGCUUUCAGAACGUCCUCUGCCUGGUGAAGGUCAGUGGCAUGGACGAUGCGGACAGGAGCGACAGCAAGCAGGAUAAAUCUAGGCUAAACGAGACCACGGAAACCCAAAGGACCCUCCUCAAUGGGGAUCUGCAGACCAGCAUCUAA